UGAAGAGACUAGAGAAUAUGGGUGCCAACCCAUCUCAGGGCAUGCUCACACACACAAUAACACAUUACAGGAAACAUAAAGAUGCCAAUCCACCUAUGGCACAUGUCUUUGGAGUGGGAGAGGAAGCAGGAGUAAUCAAAGGAAACCCCUGCAUCACAGAGAGAACAUGCAAACUCCACAUCCCUGGAGGUAUAUUAUGGAUUAUGUUCCUGUGCAGCAAGGUGGCCACCUUACAGCUCUAGGGUCCCUGGUUUGAUCCUGAACUCAGGUUACAGUGGUGUUUCAGUGCAUGUUCUCCAGGUGUCUCUGUGCCUUUCGCCCAGCCUUCCCUCGCCUCUACUUCUCCCUUCUCCUCACCCCCUCCUUCUCUUCGCACAAACAAACAUGGCCGCCAAAUCGGACGGACCAGCCGCAUCCACCGUAACCUCGGCUUCCGCGUGCGCGCGCGAUAAGGACCCGGAGGCGCGUUGUGUCCUCGCGGGACCGGAGGAGCGCCCAGACCAACCCCGGCGGCAAGCGCUGCUCGACUGCUGCUGGGUGCUUUGCGCGCUGCUCGUUUUCUUCUGCGAUGGCGCCACGGACGUGUGGCUCUCGGCUGAUUACUACGCGCGCCGUGACUACUGGUGGUUCGCGCUCACGCUGCUUUUCGCCGCGCUGCCAUCAGCCGUGGUGCAGGUGCUCAGCUUCCGUUGGUUCGUUUACGACUACACGGUGGAGACGGAAGAGGAUGCGGCGGUUGUGGUGCACUCGCGGAGCCGCACGCUCAGGUGCUGCCGAGCCUGCAUGUGGACCUUCCAGUCCCUCGUGCACAUCCUGCAGCUGGGCCAGAUGUGGAGGUACAUUCACACGCUGUACCUGGGUGUGCAGAACCACUGGUAUCGCCACUGCUACUGGCGCCUGAUGUUUGAGACGGCUGAUGUGAACAUGCUGAGGCUGCUGGAGGCUUUCCUGAAGAGCGCACCACAGCUUGUCCUGCAGCUCAGCAUCAUGAUCCACAGCAAACACAUCCUGCCACUGCAGGGUCUCUCCACCUCUGCAUCUUUGGUCUCCUUGGCCUGGAUGAUUGCCUCCUACCAGAAGGUCCUUCGUGACUCCAGAGAUGACAAGCUACCCAUGUCCUACAAAGCAGUUAUUGUGCAGAUGCUGUGGCACCUUUUCACCAUUGGUGCACGUACCAUCGCCUUUGCACUCUUCGCCUCAGUCUUCCAGCUCUACUUUGGCAUCUUUGUCGUGGCUCACUGGUGUGCCAUGACCUUCUGGAUCAUCCAAGGUGAGACAGACUUCUGUAUGUCCAAGUGGGAGGAGAUCAUCUACAACAUGGUUGUGGGUAUCAUCUACAUCUUCUGCUGGUUCAAUGUCAAGGAGGGUCCAGCGCAAUGCCGCCUGGCCACAUACUACUGUGUGAUUUUUGUGGAGAAUGCGGCACUCACCGCCACCUGGUAUGCAUACAGGGGCCCACACACCUCAGACUUCUAUGCCCUUAUCAUUGUGUGUGUGGUAGUAUGCAGCUAUGCCUUGGGAACCUUUUUUAUGUUUGUCUAUUACUGCCUGCUCCAUCCUGAUGGCCCAGUCCUGGGGCCACAGUGGAGCUGCAUGGAGGACGGAAUGGGUGCAAUAGGGCUCGGAAGUGUGGGGGACCUGGGGACACCUCUGCCCCAACCAGAUGUUGUCACAAGUCCCCCAAGAACUUUGCAGAGGACUAAGGAUGGGGAACGGGAGCCAGGGGACAAGGAGAGUUGCCUGCCUGUUUUUCAGGUGAGGUCUAUCAGCGUGGCUCCUGCACCUUCCCCCCGAACACCAAAAACUGAGGGUCCUGUUAUCCGCAUUGACCUCCCCAGGAAGAACUAUCCAGCCUGGGACGCACACUUCAUCGACCGCCGGUUGAGAAAAACCAUUUUGGUGCUGGAGAACACAUCUCCAGUGACACCCCGGAUCCAGUACCGCAGCCUGGGCAGUCCAAAAGAGAUGAUGGAGUAUGAGACUACUGUGUAGUUGCAAUUCCUACCUUUCUGUCAUCAGGGGACUUCUCCUGUGACUCUGCAUCUCUGUGUAGAGAAGCAAUGAAGAGAAGGUCAAUGCUGCGGGAUUCCCACAAUACCAUUGGUGCUCUAAGGCAUGUGUGUGCAUGGAACACAGGGCACUGGCUAUGCCUGGAAAUGACCAUCUGUUCUAAAGUCUUGUAUAUCAGAAAAUACAGGUGGAAUAUGAGUGAUGCUAGACGCUCAAAGUCAGUGAAGUCUGGACUGUAAAUGAGAAUGAUAUUCAAGAAUAAUACCACAAUGCCAGCCAUAAGUACUGAUCUGAUAAGCAGGGUGAUACCUGUCUAUAGAUGUUUUGAUGAUGAUGUGCAUGGAUGUGAUGAUGAUAAAUGUAAGUAGGAUAUUUCAGGUGACACGUGUCAAAUGAUAGAAGACCUGACCGAUCAUCUAUGUCCAGGACUGCCCUGGGAGCUGCACUGGACUAAAUUCCAUGAUUGUUAGUCACUUGAAAAUAGUACCAGUUGUGUAUUAUAUUGCUUAUGUGAAUGGUGAGAUUAGCCAGUUGAAUCAUCAUUGAUUUAUUUAUUGAUCGAGUAGAUUUAUUUUUUUGUAACUUUGUGGCGAUGAUUGGAAAAAAAAACUUUUUAUGGUAUAUUAAUGUAUACAUAUAAUCUUUUUCUUAUAUGUAUACAAUAUAUUGGAAUGGUAUCACUGUGUAGGUAUGAAUGUCUUUUGGGUUGUCUGUAUGUUCAGCUGGUCUUUGAUCAUACUGCAUUGUUUAUCUGUAAAGGUAAAAGACAGAAAAUUGUAUUUAUGAAGAAAAAAACACGGGUUAAACAUGAACCAUCGAUGAUGAUACAUUAUGACUAAAAUGUAGUUGGAAAAUAUUUAGUAAAAUGGCUGUCAACAGCCUGGGGAAAAAAAAAAGAAAACUAAAGGAGGUUGUGUUUUUCUUUUCCCAUAGGUUCUACUCUUGCUUGUGUGACUGGUUUUGUUGCAGAGGUUUUUUAGCAGUUGGCUGCUCACUGUUGGGGAGCUUUUGAUUUGAAUAUCACAAGGUGUUAAAGACGAACAUGGUGGAUUUCAAACUGAUGUGUCUAAAUU